CGGGAGCGGGACCGGGACCGGGACGCGCCGAGGGUGGAGGACGGAAAGUUGGGGAGAGAAAUGUGAAUCCAAAUGGAGCACUCGGAAGGAGGCGAGCAGCGACAGCAGCAGCAGCAGCCCUGGGGGAAGCUGAUCCGGCUGGGUGCUGAUGAGGCAGAGCCGCACGUCUUGCUGCUGAAGAGAGAAUGGACAAUUGGACGGAAGAAAGGUUGUGACUUAUCUUUCCCUGGCAACAAGUUGGUGUCUGGAGAUCACUGUAAAAUCAUAGUGAAUGAAGAAUCUGGUCAAGUGUCAUUGGAAGAUACAAGUACAAAUGGAACUGUAAUUAAUAAACUGAAAGUAGUCAAGAAGCAGACAUACCCUUUACAGACUGGGGAUGUGAUCUAUGUUGUUUACAGGAAAAAUGAGCCAGAGAACAAUGUUGCUUAUCUUUAUGAAUCCUUAAACACAAAACAUGAUGCAACUCAAGAACCAGUAGAAGUUAAUGUAGAAAACCAAUGCCAUGUGACCAAAGAUACCUCAAGUACCGGAAAAAGUAACGAUGAGACCCAAAUUACCUCAUCACCGUCAGCCACUCAGUCUUGCUAUGAGGAACCACAGCCAUCUACUUCUACAUCUAACCUCUUUAAUGCUGCUUCUACCUCUCUUACUGAGCCUGCAUCUGUUCAGCAGGAUAAUCCUUCUACAUCUGGAUCACACCCCUCAGUUUUCACUCCUGUGCCUGCUUUCCCUGUCUUAGAGUCUGCGUGUCUAAGAGCGCUGCGUGAUGAGCGGGAAAAGCUGGAUAGGAAUACUGAAACUUCUGCAAUCACUUCAGAAAUCACUGGCAAAAUAAAACGAGAGUCAGAUUCUCAAAGCACAGGGGAGGAGGAAGGUUUGGAACCUGCUAAGAAGAAACUGAAAGGAGAUGAAGAUGCUUGUCCAAAUCUUUCACCAGCAGCUCCAAGUGAAUGUAUAAUUAAAAUCGGCUCUGAAGAUGCAAAAACAUCGAAUGUGAAACCAGAUAAGAUGGAAGAAACAUUAACUUGCAUUAUCUGCCAAGAACUGCUGCACGACUGUGUAAGCCUGCAGCCUUGUAUGCAUACCUUUUGUGCUGCCUGCUACUCAGGAUGGAUGGAAAGAUCUUCUCUGUGUCCCACUUGUCGUUGUCCAGUAGAACGUAUUUGUAAAAAUCACAUCUUGAACAACUUGGUCGAAGCUUAUCUGAUUCAGCACCCAGAUAAAUGUCGUAACGAAGAUGAUGUCCGCAGCAUGGAUGCUAGAAACAAAAUUACUCAAGACAUGUUGCAGCCUAAGGUGCGCAGAUCUUUUUCAGAUGAGGAAGGAAGUUCUGAAGACUUGCUGGAAUUGUCAGAUGUAGAUAGUGAAUCUUCAGAUAUCAGCCAACCAUAUAUAGUGUGCAGACAGUGCCCAGGAUAUCGAAGACACUCUGUUCAAGCUCUGACUGGCACAGGCCAAGAGACAGAAGCAGGAGGAAUGCAAGCACUGGGAGAUGCACCAUCUACAUCUGCCAACUUCCCUGCAGCUGUCCAGGAAUACGUGUGUCCUGCUCAAGGAAGUCAUGUAAUAUGCACCUGCUGCUUUCAGCCAAUGCCUGACCGAAGAGCAGAGCGUGAACAGAAUCCUCAUGUUGCUCCUCAGCAAUGUACAGUUUGUCUGCAACCCUUCUGUCACUUGUACUGGGGCUGCACUCGGAUGGCAUGCUUUGGCUGUUUGGCACCAUUCUGUGAGAUAAAUCUUGGUGAUAAGUGUUUAGAUGGAGUCCUAAAUAACAACCACUAUGAGUCAGAUAUCCUGAAGGAUUACCUGGCAUCCAGGGGUUUGACAUGGAAAAAUCUGUUAAAUGAAAGUCUCUUAGCUCUUCAAAGAGGAGUUUUUAUGUUGUCAGAUUACAGAGUUACUGGGAACACAGUGCUUUGCUACUGUUGUGGCCUUCGCAGCUUUCGAGAACUUGCCUACCAGUACAGGCAGAAUAUUCCUGUUGCUGAAUUGCCAGUAACUGUCACAUCACGUCCUGAUUGCUACUGGGGGCGCAACUGUCGGACUCAGGUCAAAGCACACCAUGCCAUGAAAUUCAAUCACAUUUGUGAACAAACACGAUUCAAGAACUGAACACUUGUAGUCUGUAGAGAGGGGACAAAACCCUGUUACACUGCUUGUACAGUUCUGAGUUUUCAGGGGAUCUUCUCAAUUCCCCCUCCCAUAGCAGGGAAUCAAUAACUUUUGCAUCAGGUCAUCUGGUGUGAUCUUUUUGACUUGUAGAAUUUUACAGCUGUACAUGAAUAAGGUAGAGUUUGGUUCCUUUCUUUUUGCAAGCAAGUCCAGCAAGUUCCAUCCUCACGACUACAGCGUUCCUGAAUCGCUUCGGCGAAGACCACGCGCAGAAGUCAAACACACCCAAACCAGCCAUAUCUUGGGAAGACCUAAGAAUAAGGAGUGUAUUUGCACUACUUGUGAAGAAACUUCAGAGAAAUCCUUAGACUUAAAGUAGAAGUGUUUUGUUGAGAGUGUCUGAUGAAUAUUUCAAGAGCCAUUAAUAUUUAAGAAGGAAGUUGUCAGUGUACAUUUGUAACUUCAGACCUGCAGUCUGAUACUUUGUUGCUACCCCAUUGCAUUUGGGCUAGGAAUCGUGUCAAUAAGCCACCUCAAGUUCAACAGCUCUUUCAACUGAAAGCUUCUGCCCUCUGUGCAGUGUUAGAGUGGAAGUAGUGGAGUUUCUUUUCUUAGUUUUAGUGGUAUUGAUGUUUUUAUUCAUGUGAAAUUGCGAGAAAAAAAAAAGAAAAAGAAUUGCACAAAGCUUUGAAAAAAAUCACAGUUAAAGUUGGGGUAAUACUUGAAGCAGAACAGACUUCUGCUAAUAGUACUUCUGUAGUGUUUUAUAUCAGAAGACCAAACAGUGCUUUGGAUGUAGAGCAGCCAGUAGGACACACUGGUUUAUAUUUUAUUUCUUUUGGGUUCUUUGAUGCUGUCUGCUGAAUAGGUACCUCUGCCAUGCAGCUGUUCUCUAGCAUGCAUACACUGGUGAACACGUAGAAAAAGCUGUCAUUUAAAGCAGAAUACAGGGAGGAGGAAAUAAUUGUUUGGAGAAGUUGUAGCAAUACGGAGGCAUUUCUGGGUAGAGAUGAUGAAGGGGAACUCUGGUGUCACUGACAGGAAAAAUGUGGGGUUUCUUUUCACACCUUCUGCAGAGCUCAUUUGGGAGGAGGCUCCUAAACGAGGCUCAAGUAUCAUGUUAAUAAAACCCAAACAAAUCCCACCUCAAGGCACCCAGCCACUCCCACCAAACUGGCAUGUUCUGAUCUGCUUGAUCAUGAUCUGGUAGCUGAUGUUGACAAACCUCAACUGGGACCACUUUUUUUAAUCUCAUACCUUAGAAGAGUGAAACAGAACAAGAAGAAAGCAUCCACAGUUACCUCUGGAGAUUCCAUGUUGGUUUUAAGUAUGCCUUAUGUUAUGAGCAGGAUUUACACUUUGAUGUUCAGAAGUUGUAGGCACAAUAUCUCAUGUUAUACGUAAUGGAGCACAAACCAUGCAGCACAUCAUGGCUACUAGUGUCAAGGAAUGAAACAACCGCUUCUAGUAACGCACAUCUUGCUCCAAGUGCUAAGUAGAAUGAUGCAUUUCUGUUGGGUUCUAUUUUUUCCAAUAGCUGGUGCAAGGAUGGGUCUGGUGACCAUGCCCAUAUGCUAUUAAAAAUACACUUUGGUGUGGACUUCUCUUCCUUAUCUCUGGGCAUUUUCUCCUGUGAGUAGGAUUGAAAUUGGAUCUGGAAUAAUACUUGAAAACUUCUUUUAACGACAACAGUGCGUUUCUGUCUUUUAGUAUGAUUAACAAUGUUCUGUUGCUUCUGUAUUUGUAUUUUAUGUUAGGAUAUUUUUGUAUUGUUAUUGUAUCUUCUCAGGACAACCAUUCCCAGCUGGUUUUGGUCUUGUUUUCAUCUCUGGCUGUGCAUGUAGCAAAUCGAGUGCAGUUGUGGAGAUCAAGCCUUUGCACAUUAUAUGCAGAAAUGUGCUUUGCAUUCUCAUUCACCACUUCCCACACCCCAGAUGGGCUUUCAGCUUAGACUUGUCACUGUGUUAGUGUUCAAGCCUCUUGUACUGAAGCUUUUCUUUGAUGUUGGUCAAGAAUAACAUGUCUACAGUGCUAUGUACAACCUCCCCUGCACUCGCUCAAGCUCUGUUUGUAGAGGGAUGUAUUAUGUGACUUGAAGGGAGAUUUGAGGGGGGAAGAAAAGUGGGGGGGCAAAACCACCCCCAACAACAAAACUCAUGUGCUUAACAUCUAAACUACCUGUGCAGUAGAGGUUCUUUGAAUUCCUUUUGUAAAGGCCUCUUCCUUUUCCCUGUCACGGAUAAUUAAUCUGCCUUUCUAUGCAUAUAGGGUUGCAGUAGUGCAAUGGAAUGAAGGGGUUUUGGGUUUUGGUCAUUUAUAUUGUACCAGGAAGAGAUGAGAAAUUAACUUGCAGAUGGGGAGGGUGAAUAAAUCCUGAUCUUUAUAUGCUCUUAAGUAAGUAAGAGUAUCUGUCAUGGGUAUUACAUACUCUAUACACUAGACCUUUUUAAAUGUAUGGUUGCCAGGUGAUAGUUAAUGUGAUAAAUGUAUGAACUAUGCUUGGUGUUGUUUAAAUACUGUAAAGGUGCAGCAUAUUUUUAACCUGUCUAAAGCACACCCCCACCUCCUUUAUAAGAGAUAUUUGGAAGCUAAGCAUGAAAUGUGGUAGAGUAGAUGUUGUGGAAAACCAAGGUGGUUACGAUAGGGCUUGAUGUGGUGGUUAAUGAGGUCUGUAGUCUCUCUCUUUGAGGAAGUUUCUUUUAUAAAGGAGGUGGAGAGUAGUUCUUCCAGUUCUCUUUUGUGAUUUAUUUUUUUCCUGAACUAAGAAGUUAUUAAUUAAAAAAAGAAAGAGGAAAAAAAAA